GGCUUGUCUGCUCGAGUCUCUCCUUGGUGAGCAGCCAGUCCGAACAGCCCGAGAACGCUUGGAGGACUCUGAGGCCUGGUCCUUUCCCUGCCGGCAGAGGGAGUCCUGAGAUGGACGGUCCAAAAUCCGUCUAACGAAAAGAGCGUUUGCAUGACCGCUCAACCAAUUUUGUACCUCCUGGGGCCGAGCGAGAGCCGAGAUAAUUAAACGCAAGCGACAGCUGCCUCGGCACCUUGGGCGCCAGGCGCCGGGCUCCGAGCCCGACGGCCCGAAUUCUCGCGAGAGCAGCCGCCGCCAUUUUUCCAUUGAUUGCAGCGGACUGGGGGAGGGGCCGACAACUAAGGCGACGGCGGCGGCGGUGGAGCCUUGGGUCGGUGUCUGCGCGCUGGUGUCUAAGGCCCAGGCUGAGGCCUCCGCGGUUGCUGGAGCACAGGCAGUGGAGAGGAUGACUGCUGCUGCCAUUCUCUCCUGAGAGAGAGCCGCCGCCACCUCCCCCCUCCCCCGCAGGGCGGAGAGGAGCGGCCCGAGUCUGAGCGAUGGUGCCCGGCGAGGAGAACCAACUGGUCCCGAAAGAGGAUGUAUUUUGGAGAUGCAGACAAAAUAUCUUUGAUGAAAUGAAGAAGAAAUUUUUACAGAUAGAAAAUGCUGCUGAAGAACCUAGAGUCUUAUGUAUAAUACAAGAUACUACUAAUUCAAAGACAGUGAAUGAACGGAUCACUUUAAAUUUGCCAGCUUCUACUCCACUCAGAAAGCUCUUUGAAGAUGUGGCCAACAAAGUAGGCUACAUAAAUGGAACCUUUGAUUUGGUGUGGGGAAAUGGAAUUAAUACUGCUGAUACGGCUCCACUGGAUCAUACCAGUGACAAGUCUCUUCUUGAUGCUAAUUUUGAGCCAGGAAAGAAGAACUUCCUGCAUUUGACAGAUAAAGAUGGUGAACAGCCUCAAAUACUGCUGGAAGAUUCCAGUGUUGGGGAUGACAGUGUCCAUGACAGAUUUAUCGGUCCACUUCCCAGAGAAGGUUCUGUGGGCUCCACCAGCGAUUAUGUCAGCCAGAGCUACUCCUAUUCAUCUAUUUUGAAUAAAUCAGAAACUGGGUAUGUGGGAUUAGUAAACCAAGCAAUGACUUGCUAUUUGAAUAGCCUUUUGCAAACACUAUUUAUGACUCCUGAAUUUAGGAAUGCAUUAUAUAAGUGGGAAUUUGAAGAAUCUGAAGAAGAUCCAGUGACAAGUAUUCCAUACCAACUACAAAGGCUUUUUGUUUUGUUACAAACCAGCAAAAAAAGAGCAAUUGAAACCACAGAUGUUACAAGGAGCUUUGGAUGGGAUAGUAGUGAGGCUUGGCAGCAGCACGAUGUACAAGAACUGUGCAGAGUCAUGUUUGAUGCUUUGGAACAGAAAUGGAAACAAACAGAACAGGCUGACCUUAUAAAUGAACUAUAUCAAGGCAAGCUGAAGGACUACGUGAGAUGUCUGGAGUGUGGUUAUGAGGGCUGGAGAAUCGACACAUAUCUUGAUAUUCCAUUGGUCAUCCGACCUUAUGGGUCCAGCCAAGCAUUUGCUAGUGUGGAAGAAGCAUUGCAUGCAUUUAUUCAGCCAGAGAUCCUGGAUGGUCCCAAUCAAUAUUUUUGUGAACGUUGUAAGAAGAAGUGCGAUGCACGAAAGGGUCUUCGGUUUUUGCAUUUCCCUUAUCUGCUGACCUUACAAUUGAAAAGGUUUGACUUUGAUUAUACAACCAUGCACAGGAUUAAAUUGAAUGAUCGGAUGACAUUUCCCGAAGAGCUAGAUAUGAGUACAUUUAUUGAUGUUGAAGAUGAGAAAUCCCCUCAGACUGAAAGUUGCACUGACAGUGGAGCAGAAAAUGAAGGCAGUUGUCACAGUGAUCAAAUGAGCAAUGAUUUCUCCAAUGAUGAUGGUGUUGAUGAAGGGAUCUGCCUUGAAAGCAAUAGUGGAACUGAAAAGAUUUCAAAACCUGGUCUUGAAAAGAAUUCUUUGAUCUAUGAGCUCUUCUCCGUUAUGGUUCAUUCAGGGAGUGCUGCUGGUGGUCAUUAUUAUGCUUGUAUAAAGUCAUUCAGUGAUGAACAGUGGUACAGCUUCAAUGAUCAACAUGUCAGCAGGAUAACACAAGAGGACAUUAAGAAAACACAUGGUGGAUCUUCGGGAAGCAGAGGCUAUUACUCCAGUGCUUUUGCAAGCUCCACAAAUGCAUAUAUGCUGAUAUAUCGACUGAAGGAUCCAGCAAGAAAUGCAAAAUUUCUAGAAGUAGAUGAAUAUCCGGAACAUAUUAAAAACUUGGUGCAGAGAGAAAGAGAAUUGGAAGAACAAGAAAAGAGACAACGAGAAAUUGAGCGCAAUACAUGCAAGAUAAAAUUAUUCUGUUUGCAUCCUGUGAAACAAGUAAUGAUGGAAAAUAAAUUGGAGGUCCAUAAGGAUAAGACAUUAAAAGAAGCAGUAGAAAUGGCUUACAAGGUAUGUUUGAUUGCCAUCCAUUUACCUGCUGAAACAAUGAGAAUAGUGCUGGAACGCUGCUACAAUGAUUUACGUCUUCUCACUGUGCCCAGUAAAACCCUGAAAGCUGAAGGUUUUUUUAGAAGUAACAAGGUGUUUGUUGAAAGUUCUGAGACUUUGGAUUACCAGAUGGCCUUUACAGACUCCCAUUUGUGGAAACUGCUGGAUCGGCAUGCAAAUACAAUCAGAUUAUUUGUUUUGUUACCUGAACAAUCCCCAGGAUCUUAUUCCAAAAGGACAGCAUACCAGAAAGCUGGGGGUGAUUCUGGUAACGUGGAUGAUGACUGUGAAAGAGUCAAAGGACCUGUGGGGAGCUUAAAGUCUGUGGAAGCUAUUCUAGAAGAAAGCACUGAAAAACUCAAAAGCUUGUCAUUACAGCAGCAGCAAGAUGGAGAUAAUGGGGAUAGCAGCAAAAGUACUGAGACAAGUGACUUUGAAAACAUUGAAUCGCCUCUCAAUGAGAGGGACUCUUCAGCAUCAGUGGAUAAUAGAGAACUUGAACAGCAUAUUCAGACUUCCGAUCCUGAAAAUUUUCAGCCUGAGGAACGAUCAGACUCAGAUGUGAAUAAUGACAGGAGUACAAGUUCAGUGGACAGUGAUAUCCUUAGCUCCAGCCAUAGUAGUGACACUUUGUGCAAUGCCGAUAAUGCUCAAAUCCCUUUGGCUAAUGGACUUGACUCUCACAGCAUCACAAGUAGUAGAAGAACUAAAGCAAAUGAAGGGAAAAAAGAGACAUGGGAUACAGCAGAAGAAGACUCUGGAACUGAUAGUGAAUAUGAUGAGAGUGGCAAGAGUAGGGGAGAAGUACAGUACAUGUAUUUCAAAGCAGAGCCCUAUGCUGCAGACGAAGGUUCUGGGGAAGGACAUAAAUGUAUGUACUUAAAAAGAAAAAGGCUCCUUGAAACAGCAUCAUUUUUUUUCUCUCAGUUUAUAGGGGUGGAGAAAAUGAAAUCCAUGUCACAGCUUGCAGUUUUGUCAAGACGGUGGAAGCCUUCGGAGAUGAAGUUGGAUCCCUUCCAGGAGGUUGUGUUAGAAAGCAGCAGUGUUGAUGAGUUACGAGAGAAGCUUUGUGAAAUCAGUGGAAUUCCUUUGGAAGAUAUUGAAUUUGCGAAGGGUAGAGGAACUUUUCCCUGUGAUAUUUCUGUCCUUGAUAUUCAUCAGGAUUUAGACUGGAAUCCUAAAGUUUCUACCCUGAACGUCUGGCCUCUUUAUAUCUGUGAUGAUGGUGCAGUCAUAUUUUAUAGGGAUAAAACAGAAGAAUUAAUGGAGUUGACAGAUGAGCAAAGAAAUGAACUGAUGAAAAAAGAAAGCAGUCGACUCCAGAAGACAGGACAUCGUGUAACAUACUCACCCCGGAAAGAGAAAGCACUAAAGAUCUAUCUGGAUGGAGCACCAAAUAAAGACCUGACUCAAGACUGACUCUGCUAGUAUAGCAUUUUCCCUGGGGGAUUUUUGGUUUUCAUUAGACGGUUCACUGCUACUGUGUAGUGCCAUUAUGGCCGGACAUGGUUAGGGGUAACCCAUGACACCAGCACUGAUUGGACGGCCCUUCACCAAUCAGAAGCUCAGUGCCCAAUGGGCCACUGUUUUGACUUGGAAUCAUGUUGUGCACUAUAGUCAAAUGUACUGUAAAGUGAAAAGGGAUGUGCAAAAAAAUAAAAACAAAAAGCAAAACCUGCUACUAGAAAAGGGGGAAGGGGGAUGAGUAAACGUCUUUUAUUGCGGACAAAUGUGCACAUAGCCGCUAGUAAAACUAGCCUCAAACAGGAUGCUCAUAGCUUAAUAAUAAAAGCUGUGCAAAGGCCAUGAAUGAAUGAAUUUUCUGUUUAUUUCACUGAUACACACAUUACCUCAUUGACAAUUCGGAAGUAAAUGCAACGUGUGUUGACUCUUGGAAAGCAGCAAAAGUAGGAGCUGAAGAAAGAAAUUCUUAGAACCAGCCGUAACCCAGUAAAGAAUUGUGAAGUUGUGUUUUUAUUUUGUUUCAUUUUUUGCAAAGUAUAAAGAACAUUAUUCUGGAACAUCAAAACGUUUCCCUUAGACCGCUCCCAGCAGGUGGCAGCUCAGAUUGCUGAAUAUUGUAAUUAUAACUGAUUGUAUACUUAAGUUAUGGAUGUAGAGAAUACGUUUCACACGUUCAUUCAGCAUGUAAAUAAAAUUGAUCCUAUUGAGUUAUCAUAAUUGCAGUUCACCUAUUUCCCAUGGUUGUUCUUUUCACAUGUCAUUCAUGACGUACAUUUGUGUACAUUGAGAAGUGUAGCAGUCUGUGUAAAUGUAAUCCUCAGUGAGGUUCCUCAGUGCUGGGUCCCAUACGAUUGUAUUUGCCCUUGUUAAUGAGGUUUUUCUGUUCAGCGGCUUCAGUUUUAUUUCUUCUUGUACAUUUAUUUUUAAAGAUUUACUUCAAGUUUGAAUCUUCUAGAACCCUUAUAAGUCCCACUUUAAUUUUUGGAGUUGAUUUGUAGUUACAUGUAGUUUAACUUUGGGGAAACGUCUUAACAUUGUGUUGAAUAAACUUGCUAGUAAGUCAGGUCAUACAUAGCACAGGCUGAUGCAGUCAACAUGAUUUCAUUGCAAAGUCUAUUAGAGUCGGCAAGUUUUUGCUUAGCUAAAUACAACUAUUCAAUGAACACAAUUAUACGUAAAUUUUGAAAAUGCCAUCUAAUUUAUAAAAAUCAAUAUAAAGGUUUUGGUAAAACUUUUUCAUGCCAGAUGCUGUUUACAACGAUGAACAUGCCAAUAAAACAUUUGUUCGUUCUGUUGUGUUAUUUUAGUCAUUAAAUUUUUGUGGAUAAAGAAUCUGGGUUAAGAAUAGAUUUGUUUUCUUUAAACAUAACAUUUUAUAAUGUGUAUUGAAUAAUUAUUUGUAUGAUAAGGUAUGUUUACAGUGAAGUUUUCAUGAGAGAUGAAAAGAUGUUAGUAUUUAACUUUCGAGGAUCCUGUCAAUAUUGCAAAAUCAGAUUUUUACCCUUUUUUCCUUUUAAGAAAUGUGUAAUUAGAAAAUAGUAUUAGCAGAUGUUGGCUCUGCAGUUAGAAUAUAAUGAUUGAGAAUUCCAUACCUUAAAAGCCUCUUGGAAUCCACAAAGAAAAAAUUUUUCUAAGGUAUUUUUCUGGCUAAUUUUUAUUCCAUGUGAGCUAUGCAGCAUUCUGCGCAAUUUCAAAUACUGUUCUGAGUUUGCAUUAUUGGGAUUGGUGGUGUUCACAGGAAAGCUGGAAGCAUUUGCGAUGAGUGGUCUUUCGGACCCCUUUGGUGUUCUGAUGUAAUGUGGCAGCCCUUUGACUCUGAUAAAAGCCUGCUUACUUGGGACAUGGGAGUUAAUAAACUGUGCUUCUGCCUUCAAGGAAUGACUGACUGUGGAGCAAAGGAGGCCUAUUUGUAAACAGAAUGGGCUGUGGGCUGGUUCGGUUUAGUUUGGUGUUCUUGUAAGACUAAAUGGUAAAAUUCUUACACCUACCCCUCAUUUUGUGCAUUCUGCCCUGUUUUGUGUUGUGUUUGCUACUUCUAAUUGCAGGCAUAUUACAAAUACCAAGAGAAAAAAGACAUUUCGUUAUAGAAAAGAAAAAGUUAGAAGUUCUUGCUUCUCAGUGCCUGAUAGAGUGAAAACACAAUAUUUCACUUCAGUAAUUUCAGUAAAGGCGGUGGUGAACUUUUCUAAGUGGGUUUGUGGCCAUGCGAGGGACUUGCAUGUAUGUGUUAGCCCCUCUCCGAUUCAAAGGAUUCAAGUGAGCACCUCUGAACCAAGAGGCAGAGCACUAACCGUGGAUCAGUACCCAAGCCAGGGGGGGUGGAGCCUGCUGAUCACUCAUCUGCGGAACCUCCCCAGGCUGAGGCAGGCCACAUGCAGUGAAUUGUGACUCUGCUCCCCACAGGUCACGCCAAGGUUUUGAAGCGCUUUUACUGUGGGGCAAAUGGAUUUGUGUCAACCAGCACGCCCUAUGAGAACCAAAUACCUACAUUUCUGAGGCAGGUGUGAAAGGUGAGGGGUGCAGUCUGGCCAAAGAAGCAAAAGCUAUGGCUUCAGGACCACGGUGUAUUUACCUGUCUAGCCAGAAGUCUGCUUCUCAAAGUAAGGGGUAGCAGUCACGAUGAGAUAAAAAUAGCAAGUGAAGGAGCCCCACUUUAGAAUGUUUGGUGAUCUUUUGUAGUGUAUUGGAAAGGACUUUAAAAUUCUGAGAAAGCAGGGGUGAACCUAUGUCACUGCUAGCAAGUAGUCAAGUAGCUCUUGGUUGCCAGGCUGCACUGUUAGGAAUGGAAAUGUGACACAUCUCUAGGCCAGGAAAGGAGAGAACUGCAAACUUACAAUGUGGUCUAAGCGAAAUGAGUGCGCAGCAUAGAGCACUGCAGUGUUACUGAAUCUGGACCUGUGAAUGUAUGGAAUACAAUAAAAUCUUUUUUUCUGGUUCA